AUGAUUUCCACUCAUUAUCUUUGUUGCUUAAAGCUUGUCUCCACCUUAUCCUCUCUCUUUCUCUCUCUCUUCCAUAACUCAAAGUGUGAAAGGAAUUCCAAAGCACCGAUCCACAGAAACAAAAUCCGACCCACGUUGAAUUAAAUUAAGGGCCUAUUACGAUUUUGAUAGAAUUGAAAAGAGAGAGUGAAAGCUGCAAUAUUGGUUUGUUUUUUCUCGAUCUUUCGCAUAAUUAUCAUGGAAGGAGGUGAUGAUCAUCUUCACCACCAACGCCGCCACGAUAACUUUCCGUUUCAAUUUCUUGAGAAGAAAGAAGACGAGGUUAGUUGUUCCACCAGCUCCGCCGCGUAUCCUACUCUAGGAAUCUCCGGCGAUGCCAUAAACCCUAACGCCACAACUCGAUCAUUAACAACCACAACCUCUACGCUUGACAUUUCCGCGGACCCAUCGAAGAAGCCGCCAGUGAAACGAACAUCGACAAAAGAUCGCCACACGAAGGUCGAUGGACGUGGGCGGCGCAUCCGCAUGCCCGCACUGUGUGCUGCUAGGGUUUUCCAGCUCACUCGAGAGCUUGGCCAUAAGUCCGAUGGAGAAACAAUAGAAUGGCUUCUUCAACAGGCGGAACCUGCUGUCAUCGCCGCCACGGGUACCGGUACAAUCCCGGCGAACUUCACUUCACUCAAUAUAAGUUUACGUAGUUCAGGUUCUAGCAUGUCAAUACCAUCUCAGUUAAGAUCUUCGUACUUCAAUCCCAGCUUUUCGAUGCCACAACGUCGAGGACUUCUUCCGGGCAUCGGGUUGCCAUCGGAGGGUUCGUUGGGAACUUUAUUGAAUUUUCAGGCUGCAAACCUAAACCCUAGUUCGAUGCAGGCUAAGCAAGAAAUUCGCGAAAAUUCACUCGACUUAACCGAGACAGAGGAGAGUAUAGGGCGAAAGCGUCGGGCGGAGCAAGAAUUACAGCAAACGCAGCAUUACCAGAUGAACAAUUAUUUACUCCAGUCGAGUACAGGGGCGAUGCAGUCGAGCCAUGCUUCAGUUCCGGCCAAUUUUUGGAUGGUGGCCAAUUCAAAUAACCAAGUCAUGGGUGGUGGGGAGCCAAUAUGGACAUUUCCUUCUGUUAAUAACAAUAAUGCCGCUGCUGCUUUGUACAGAGGGAGUAUGUCUAGUGGACUACAUUUUAUGAACUUUCCAACUCCGGUAGCAGUGGUCCCGAGUCAACAAAUAGGAGCGAAUAUUGGUGGUGGCGGCGGUGGCAGUAAUGGCUUGGGAGAAGGACAAUUGGCAUUGUUAGCAGGGCUAAACUCGUAUCGGCCAGUUAGUGUCAUGUCGGAAUCUCAUGCAAGUGAACCCUCGCACCACGGUGGAGAUGAUCGGCACGACACAACGAGUCACCAUUCAUGAAUAAUCAUGGAUUCACAUCCUCCCAUUUGCAUAAUUAAUGCGUGAAGUUUGAUUAAUUUGUUCUAAACUGAGUAUUGCUCUCUUUUCUUUAAUAUUGAAUGAUUUUUUGUGUGAUCAAUUUGGAGGAUUUAGUUAGGGUUUGGGAAAGCCCUUUUUUUUUUUUUUUUUUUUUUUUUUAAUUUGGUGGUUUUAUGAAAAGUCACAUUUGGGCAUUUUUUACUUCACACGAUACCUUAUUGUAAAUGUGGUUCCAUGAUUGAUGCA